ACAAAUUUCUUUUAAUAACUUCAGAUGAAUCAUGUAAUGGAUGUUUUAUUUAUAACAAGAAAUCAUUCGGGACCCGUUUUAUUGUUGGAAGAAGAUCAUUAUGUUGCACCCGAUUUUCUAGUGAUGUUGAGUCUAAUGGAAGCAGAACAAAAACAACGUUGUCGGCAUUGUAACAUCUUGUGCCUUGGCACUUACGUGAAGAGCUUCAAUUAUGGUGCCCUCAGUAAACAGGUGGAAAUUGUGAAAUGGUUGUCUAGUAAGCAUAAUAUGGGAAUGAUAUUCACUCGGUCUUUAUGGAAUAAAAUCAAAAAAUGUGCUAAGGCAUUUUGUAAAUUUGAUGAUUAUAACUGGGACUGGUCCCUACAACACAUUAGUACAGCCUGUUUGCCUACACAUUUAACUGCAAUGGUUGCUAUGGCACCUAGAGUUUUUCAUAUUGGAGAAUGUGGUGUUCAUCAUAGAGGAAAAGAUUGCAGCAGUGACAGAGUUGUCCAGAAAGUAGUAAAGGUACUGGCUUCAGCCAAACAAUAUUUAUUUCCAUCCUCACUAAGCGUUCGCCAAGGAAUGCGCAGACCUUACAAACCUCAGAAAGGGAACGGAGGAUGGGGCGACAGGCGAGACUAUGAACUCUGUCUGCAUCAGAUCGUCAACGGCUCAUCGACUAUACCAAAGAGAUAGAUACUAUUUUAGAAUUGUUUGAAGUAAAUAUAAUAGAACAGAUCAUUUUUGUAAGAACUUUCAAUUUUAUGGAAUGAAUCCACCUUUAUGUACAGAUAGACCAAGUAGUUGUAAAACUGCUUUGUUUGUGCAAUGUUUUUUCUAGUUCAUAACUCAGAUAAUUCCUUAAUAUUAUUUAUAUAUAGUUUUAUGUGCUAAAAUUUUUAAAAACUAGUCAAUUGGAUUUAUAUGGUUAAUCUGAGAGCUGUACUUUUAAUUUGGUUACAUAGUAACAUAGGUCAAAUAGAUAGGUUUAUUGUUAACAAAAUCCUCCUCCUCCUCUAUUAGAAAAAGCUCAAACCAAAGAAUAUUAAAUAGAUCACAAAAUGUAAACAAAAUUAAAAGGUAACAAGUGAUCGUAACCAAUUGCUCUUGUAUUUAUUGAGGGUUUUUGCCAUUUAUUAUCUUAUACAUCAUGUGGAUGCAUUUUUUUUUAAAAGAAAACGUAAUUUUUCUUUUAAUAAGUGGCCACACCAAUUAAUGGAACUUUUAAAUGGUCACAUUUUAAUAUUUUUUAUGGAAAUAUAAUUGAUGUUUUUUCUCUAUUAUUUAUUAUACACAACACUAAGUUGAUAAUGAUUUGAAUAAAAAACGCAUAAAAGUUUAAAAUUUGCACACAUGAAUCUAGCACAAUUAUCAAAUCAAUAAAUAUUAUGCUUCCAAAAUUAUUGUAUUUAGAUAGAUAAAUGUAAAUAACUCCAGAUAAUUUAUCCACGGACAAAAAAAAAAUACUAUUGAACUAAUUUUAUAAACUCUUAUAUAAUAAUAAAAUUUAUUUAUAAAAAAUAAUAACGAUAAAAAUCAUUUAUAAAAAAAAAUGUUUAAAUUUACUCGUCGACGAGGCAACCGAAAGUCUCUUUUUAAUUCACUGUUGAAUAAAAAUAAUCACAAAUAAAUCUGUGAUUUACUUUUGUUAUUUUUCAUUGAAAUUGUUGUACUAAAAUUAAAUCUUAAAAACAGAAGAAUCUUUUCCUAAGAAAAUUUUUUAAGUGAAUGCGCUAUUUUUAUUCGGAAGCGAGAAUCUCUUGUCAACUGAAAAACCUAUAUAUAUAUAUNU